CUAGUCCGUUGAAGGUCAACGAAUUCUUUUCCCUCCCCAUCUUCAUUGAAGGAGGGGGAAAAUCAUCUCAGCCACCCAGGCUAAGGUUGCGAGUCAGUGUCAUGACAAUGUUCCGUAUCGCCAGCUCAGCCUGAAUUUCCCCCAGCAACGCCUGGCCCAUCCAGGUGGUCGGCCCAGAUUGAAGAUGAUUCCACGUCGACGCUUCACGCCAUCAAGUCUACUUCAGGGUUCGCCUCUGAGAGUGACACAGAAUUCAUACGUCGACUUACGGCUUAGUCACCCCAUUCGGAGCGCCUUUAAGCCAUAUUGCUUUGACUAAACACCUGUGUUACCCCUCCAUCUGUACAACAAAUCGGCUGAAAACCCUAUUAGUUGUUUCACCUGUGUCUCAGUGCUGGUAUCAGUUUGCUUUAACUUGGCUAUCUCUCGCAUAUUCUGUCGACUGACCCAUUUUAUUUGUCUACAAUGGCAAGCCUGUGACCGGUGGCCAUAUCGUGAACUUAAGGAAGACGAAUCUUGCUUGGUCCGUCCUCAAUUGUGGAAGUGAGUGUGGGUGAGUGAGUGAUUUUGUGAGGCCCCUCCAAGCCCUCCAACGAGUCCGGAUUGACCCUUUUCGUGCCCCUGGAUCGAGUCUGGAGAUUGACUAACGUGCCCAGUGUCACCCGCUCAUCGCCGUCAUGAACAUCUUCCGCUUGGCCGGGGACUUGUCCCAUUUGGCCGCCAUCAUCAUCCUCUUGAUCAAGAUUUGGAAGACACGCUCCUGCGCCGGCAUUUCGGGUCGAUCCCAAGUGCUCUUUGCCAUCGUGUUUAUCACUCGUUACUUGGAUCUAUUCACCAAUUUCAUCUCCGCGUACAACACGGCCAUGAAGGUGUUCUUCUUGGGCUCCUCCAUUGGCACGGUGUAUUUGAUGUAUUUGAAAUUCAAGGCCACUUACGAUCACAACCAUGAUACUUUUCGGAUUGAAUUCUUGCUCCUUCCCACGGCCCUGCUUUCUCUCGUUUUGAACCACGAGUUUAGUGUCAUGGAGAUCUUAUGGACGUUUUCCAUCUAUUUGGAGUCGGUGGCCAUCUUGCCUCAGUUGUUCAUGGUCUCCAAAACAGGCGAGGCCGAAUCGAUCACUUCGCACUAUCUGUUUGCUCUUGGAUCUUAUCGCGGACUUUACAUCUUGAACUGGAUUUACCGUUACUACUUUGAAGGAUUCUAUGAUAUCAUCGCCAUCGUAGCCGGUUGUGUACAGACCAUCCUGUACUGCGAUUUCUUCUAUUUAUACAUCACAAAAGUGCUGAAAGGCAAGAAACUUCAGCUCCCGGCCUAAGAGCCUCGAUUGCCUAUUCGUGUGACGUGAGAAAUGUAAAUCAAUGUGAGUGUCAAGUCCCUGGACAAAAGGAGGAGCCACCUACACCCAUUUACGAGUCGGGCAAUGAUGAGAAAACAUGAUGAAAAAGAAGAAGGCGAUGGACCUCGAGUCCUAGACCAUCCUUUGGGGGACCUAGAGCGACCAUUACUUGAUUCUUUCAACCAAUCUUUAAUCGACUAUGUUGUUUUCUUUUUUUGAUCGAAUGGAUGGUCCCGGCUAGGGCUAUCCCCAUAACCGCCUUGCUUUGUAUUAUUAUUAAUUAAAGUUUUUACGAAGUC